ACUGUGGCCGGGAUUCAGUCGACUGCAGACAUGUACCAUGGCCUCUCUCUCUCUGUCCCUGGGACUGCUGGUGCUAUGCGCCCUGGCUCUUGUACACUGUGACCUGAAUGACGGCCCCAUCAGAGUGUAUGAUAUUCGUGCCUCCAACCUGAAAGGACGCUUUUUCUCAAAACCAGACCCCUACGUCAAGGUGUGGUGCGGCUCAUCCUUUCAUGGCAAGAGCAGCAUUCUGAAGAAACAGGAAAACCCCACCUGGCCCGACCAGUUCAACUUCGCAAACAUCCUUCCCAACGCUGUCCUGACAGUGGAGGUGUGGGAUGAUGUCAUCGGACCAGAUCGCCACAUGGGAACCUGCACCACCACCAUCCGCCCAGGAAGACACACUGAGACCUGCCACCUGAAGAAAGGCACCGUCUACUACACCUACAGCUACGGCUACAGUCACUAGAUGGAACAGUAUGAUGAUUAGAUUGUAACCUAGGACCUUUGUGACCUUGUGUCUGAUUGGUUCUCACUCUUUCUCUCGUGUAUUCACUUCCUUAGAGCAUCAAUUAAAACAACGUGCUUUACGGCAA